UCUAGGGUGUAAAGUGAUAUUAAUUAUUUUCAAGGGUGCAAAGUGCUAAACAGUAUAUUUCAAGUGCGUAAAGUGCUAUUAAUUUUUUCUAUGGGUGCAAAGUGCGAAUAGUAUAUUUUAAGGUUAUAAAGAACCCGUUUUCAUGACAGAGAGCAAAAACCUCCAUUGCCGUAUUUUUCCCUAUGAGAAAGCUUUCAUCUUUAGCUUCUAGGGUUACACCUGAAAUCCAAAACCUCGCCGGAGCAAUUCACACCCCCAAAAAUCCCCAAUUCGCAAAACCCUCGUUAUUGAAACCUAGCGAAAAUCUCCCUCAAAACUCCAUAGAUUCUUCCAUUGGUGCGUUUGAAUUCAAAAACUCAAUUUCUACUCCUAAACCCCACAUUUCCGCCGGCGAUACAAAAUUAAGCUCGAGGCCGAUUGAUCAUCGCUACUUCGCCGAAAUUCUGUCGAGAAAAGACUGGUAUCUGCUGCUAAGCCACGAGUUCAAGGCGCAGAGGAUCAAUUUGAGUCCGCAGAUUGCCGUUAGCAUUUUGCAUAACCAGGAUAAGGGUUUAGCUCCUUUGCGAUUUUACGUUUGGCUUUCCAGUUUCAAUGCUUUAUUAGCUAAGAAUAAAUCAAUUCUCAGCGCAUUGAGCAACGCCUUCUUUAGGAAAGGCCCAGUCUUAUUGUCCGCCGAGUUGAUACAGGAAGUGAAGAAUUCGGGAUGCAGCGUAAACGAGGAAUUGCUUUGUGCGUUGAUUGAUAGUUGGGGCAGAUUAGGGUUGGCGAAGUACUGCACCGAGGUAUUCGAACAGGUUUCGUAUUUAGGAAUUUUUCCCAGUACGAGGUUGUACAAUGCCGUAAUAGAUGGUCUAGUAAAGUCCAAUUCGCUCGAUUUGGCUUACCUCAAAUUUCAGCAAAUGGAGGUGGAUAACUGUGUUAGAGACAGAUUUACGUAUAACAUCCUUAUAAAUGGAGUUUGCAAGGCCGGUGUAGUUGAUGAGGCCCUUCGGCUAGUGAAACAGAUGGAAGGAUUAGGGUACUCACCGAAUGUGUUCACUUAUACUAUCUUGAUCGAUGGGUAUUUUAACGGUAAAAUAAUAGACGAGCCAUUCAAGCUUCUUGAUCGAAUGAAGGCGAAGAAUGUAAAGCCAAAUGACGCAACGUAUAGAUCACUCGUCAAUGGAGUUUUUCGAUCUGUGUCUCCUUGUGAAGCUUUUGAUUUGCUAUUUAAAUGGGUGGAUAAGGAGCAAAAUCUUCCUAAGGUGGUCUAUGACAGUAUAGUUUAUUGCCUUUGCAAUAACUCUUUACCGGAGCAGACGUCGGCGUUUUUUAGGAUAGCUGAUAAAAAAGGUUAUGUUCCCGAUAGUUCGAUAUCUAACAUUGCGAUUACUUGUUUAAUCAAAGGAGUGGAUCUUGAGGAAACUUGUCAGGUGUUUGAGAGUUUCAUCGAGAAUGGGGUUAAGGUCGAUUUAAGUACUUGUUUGACAUUUGUUGAGGCUCUGUAUAAAUCGAAAAAAGAAGAGAAGGGCAAUAAGUAUUUAUAUUGGAUAAUACAUGAAGGGCUUUUAACGGAUGUCUUUUCGUAUAAUAUGGUGAUUGAUUGCUUCUGCAAAGCGAAAAUGAUGGAGAGAGCAUUAGAAAUCUUAGGGAUGAUGUCGAAAAGAGGUUUUUGCCCUAAUCUUGUUACUUUCAACACCCUUAUUUCUGGCUAUUGCAAGGGCAGGGACGUAAAUAAGGCUCGAGAACUGCUGCUUAUGCUCUUUAAUCACGGUUUCAGACCAGACGUAUUCACUUUUAGUUCGAUAAUUGAUGUUCUUUGCCAGCUUAAUCGGAUUAGCGAAGCUUUUGAUUGUUUCCUCGAAAUGGUGGAGUGGGAAAUUACGCCUAAUGCCAUCACAUACAAUACCUUAAUACGUUCGUUGUGUAUCUGUGGGGAUAUUUCUAAAGCAAUGAAGCUGCUUAGAAAGAUGAAAGUCGAUCGAAUACAACCCGAUGUCUAUACUUUUAAUGCUCUAAUUAAGAAUUAUUGUAAAGCCAAUAAAAUCGAUGAGGCACAAAGACUUCUCAUGAGCAUGCUGAAUUUGAACUUGCGCCCCGAUAAUUUUACGUACACUGCUUUUGUUAGUGCUUUGUGUGAAUCUGGGAGAUUUACUGAAGCUAAAGAUUUGUUUGCUUCGAUGGAGGCGAAUGGAUGUAAACCUGAUGCUUAUUCAUGCAAUUCGUUUAUCGAUGCCUUGGUCAAAACGGGGAGAUUCGAAGAAGCCCAAGAUUUAUGGUUGAAAUACAAAGAGAAAGGAAUGGAUUUGAGAACAAUACCUGUUAAAUAUAGUGCUUUGGUUGGUUGAAUUUCAGUAUUGAAAAUAUUUGCAAGCUUUGGGUUCCGUUUUUGAAAAAAAUGGAUUUUAGAUUGAUCUCAGUAAGUCCAAGAUGUGUGGCUGAGAUUCCAAGAGAAGGGCGUUACAAGAAUAGCAUACGAUUAUCCCCACCUAGGUGCUGCGGGCGUAGUUGCAGACCAGUAUUUGCCUCAAGCAGAAGUCGAAGGAGGGG